AUGGGAUAUACUAUAAAACAAAAGAUUGACAUCUGCUUGAAAGCAGAGUCAAACCCACAAAUGACACAGGCUGAUUUAGCCAUAUGGGCUAAACAAGAAUAUGGCUCUUCGAGGCCACCUUCGCAAACUACAAUUUCCAGAAUAUUGUGUGCUAAGAAUGAUUUGAUAGCCUCAAAAGAAGUUGACUUCCAAUUAGUGCGCAGAAGAAAGCAGUCAAAUCCUAUACUUCGGAGGAUCUUAACAGAAUGGGUUACGCAAGCCACAUGGGAGAAUAUUCCUAUAACGACGCCGAUUAUUCAACUGACUGCCAAUGCUAUUUGGAAUAGACUACCAACGUUUGAAAAGGAUGGAAACGGUUUGUUUAAUCAAAAAUGGUGUAAUCACUUCAUCAAGAAGUUGAAUAUUAAUUUAUUUGGAAAUGAAGAAGAUAUUCGUAACAACCCAGGACAUUAUGAAUUGAAUAAAGUAUGGAAGUUAGACGAAAAAAUAGGUUUGAAGAACUAUUUGGUAGACUUGAUUAAGCAGGAGAAUUACAAACCACAGGAUAUUUUUACUAUUGAUGAGUUCCAGUUAUUUUAUUCUUUGCCCUUGGAUCAAAUAUUUGAUGUUUCCUCGAUAGAUAAAGGUUUGAAACAAUCAAGUAGUUCCACAGAAAAUUCAUUGACUAUAAUGAUAGGAACAAAUAUUGAUGGAUCUGAAAAAUUAAGUCCAUUGGUAGUGGGCAAAUAUGACAUGUUUAAUGUUAGUGCAUGUUCUAAUUCAUCUUUCAAGAACUUGUCUGUCUAUUCAACUUCAAGACAGAAUAUCAUGAAUAAAAUAACUGAAAUCUUCAAUGUUUUCUAUAACUCUAACCUCAACAAAUGGAUUACAUCUGAAAUGUUUCAGAAUUAUUUAUUAACUUUAGAUCAUAAGUUGACGAGUACUUCACCUAACAGGAAGAUUCUCAUUUUAUUGGACGACUCUUCAUCUCAUAGGAUCAUUAAUUUAAAGUUUCGAAAUAUUAAAUUAUGCUAUAUGAAAAAUAAUGCAAAUUACAAAAACCCAUAUAACUCGUCUUACAACGGCUCAUCUUUCAAUUUUCUUCCAACGAGUUUUGGAAUUGUUGAAGAAUUUAAAAUCCUUUAUAGAUUACAACAAUAUUUAGAGAUGAUUAGGUUACAAAGAAAAAACUCUAAAUCAAAUGCGGCCGAAGUAAGUGAGGAUACGAAUAUAUCAUCAGGUGUUAGUUUAAAUAACUAUAAACCAAAUGUGAAUCCUUCUACGGCCAUGGAAGUAUUAUCUGAAUCCGAUUAUCAUAUUCCGUUGAUAAAAGUUAUAGAGUGGAUCAAGAGAGCUUGGGAUUCUAUUACACAAGAAAAAAUACAUAUGGCAUGGAAAAAGUCAUAUUUAUUCAAUUUCAAGAAACCAUGGCCAUCGCAUGAUCCAGCAAUCACCAAACAUGCAUCUCUAUCUUUGCAACCAUUGGCUUUAGCAACUAAUAAUUAUGAUAUGUCGAAAAGUUAUGAUAAAUUAUCUGAGAUAAUGGCAACACUUAAUGUAGUAAUUCCUUGGGAAAUAAAUGAAUUAUUAGGACUAGUUAAUGAAAGAGGAAAAGUGACACUCAGCUAUGUUUCAAUCGAAGAAAUAGUUGGUAGUUGUUUACUGGAAGCUUAUGAUUCUGAUGAAUCAGGUAAGGAAAAAGCAGGCUCUAACGAAAACUUCCAUACCGAUAAUGGUGGAAACUGGUUCAAGGAGUCAAACCUAGACCACAAGCAUAAUGUUACAACGAACAUAUUGGGGAAGCAGUUCUCCACUCCAAUUGUUAGCUCAACGAAUAAUAAUAAUAAUGACAAUAUCAUUAGUAGCAACACUAAUAUAUUCUCCGGUACCGAAAUGCAAUACCCUGAGUAUAACAACAAUAAUUUGAGCUCAAUGAAUAUUAAUACAUUAUUGGCAGAUACAAGUAAUGUAAUUUCUGAAGUACAAGUGGCUAAUAAUAAUUCGUCAUCAUCGUGCCAGGAAGAUAUACAACACCCACAGUAUUCAGUUUUAUCACAUACAUCAGUACCACACAAAGCAAAUCAGUCGAUAGAUUCCCUAUCACCAAUAUCAAAAUUUGUAGCUACUGGAGACGUCUCUGGAGUUUCAAAUAUGAAUAAUUCAUCAGUCAGGCCGAGUAAUCCAUUUAUGGCAGAAAAAAUUAAUACUGAAGAAUAUGGGCAUCGUGAAAAGAAAAGACAAUUGUAUGCACCGAACUCAACUAAUUCGAUCUCAUAUGUGCCACAAGGUACAUCCUUCAAUGAAUCGCUCAGCAGAUCUGUUUUACAUGCAAAUCCAUCAAAAAAUUCAAAUGGGUUGCUGAGGAUAUCGCCAGAAGAUAAUGAUGGGCCUCCUGAUGCCGUUUUUAAUAGCAAUAGCAAAACAGAGAUUCUUCAGCUUUUAAGUAGGCUUCUUGAAAUGUCCCAAACAGUCGAUUUGAAGCUUUCCGAUAAUACACUCGAAGAACUUUCAACAAAACUAAAUGAAAUACAAUCAAAUGACUCAAGCUAA